AUGGUGAACAAGGUCUGCGAGGAUUUCGAAUUGGCCAACUUAACGGCGGACCAAUUCAAAAGCCUCAUUUUCAUCUGCGGUCUGCAAUCAACGAAAGAUGCAGACAUACGAACGAGGCUACUGUCCAAAUUGGAAGCAACUGGUCCGGAAGACGAAUGCAGUCUCGAAAUUCUGGUCAAGGAUGCUCAACGACUGCAAAAUUUGAAGCUCGACACGGCGAUGGUUGAACAACAUCAACAGGUGACUUCUGUCUGCACAGUCAAGCAGAAGAAGUUUCCAGUCAAACCAUCCGGUUCACAUUCAAAACCCAUCAAGACUUCAACCAACCCAAAGACUCCAUGCUGGCAGUGCGGCGGAAUGCAUUUUGUCCGCGACUGCAGCUAUUCAAGCCACGUCUGCAGGGAUUGCAAGCAAACCGGACACAAGGAAGGUUAUUGUGAUUGCUACAAACCGAAGCCGCAAUCAAAAGCCAAGGUUUUCAAGAAGCGAUCCGUGAAAGGUGUUUUUGCUGAAAACAACAUCAACUGCGUGUCAAGCCGGAAGUUUCUCACUGUUCUCAUCGAUGGUUCUGCAGCAACGCUUCAGUUCGACACAGCAGCAGACAUCACCAUCAUUUCGAAACAUCAAUGGAGCAAGAAACUCGGAUCACCAGCACUUUCAGCAACAACACGCACCGCCACGACAGCUUCAGGUAAGCCCCUUCAUCUUUUGGGUGAGGCCAAAGCUGAAGUGACACUAGGAGACAUCCAGAAAACAGCGAUCUAUUACGUCACCGACAAUCGUCUGGACCUUUUCGGUCUGGAAUGGAUUGACCUAUUUGAGCUUUGGGACAAACCAUUAUCAGCGAUAUGCAAUCAAGUCCAACUCGAAUCUUCAAACUACAUCCAGCGAUACAAAGCUAAGUUUCCUGAGGUUUUCAAAUCCACCCUGGGUCACUGUACGAAGACGAAGGUUCGAUUGUACCUCAAGCCCAACGCUCAACCUGUUUUCAAGCCGAAACGUCCAGUGCCAUUCACCUCCGUUGAGAAAAUCGAUUUGGAACUGGAACGCUUGCAAAAACUCAACAUCAUCACGCCUGUGGAAUUUUCCCAGUGGGCGGCUCCAAUUGUGGCUGUCAAGAAACCAGGAGGACGAAUCCGAAUUUGUGCCGACUACUCAACCGGUUUAAACGCUGCAUUGGAACCGAACAACUAUCCACUUCCGGUUCCCGAUGAUAUCUUCAGCAAGCUCAACGGAUGCAGAUUCUUCAGUAUCAUCGAUCUCAGCGACGCAUAUUUGCAAGUUGAGGUUGACGACGAAUCGAAGCAACUUUUGACCAUCAACACGCAUCGUGGAUUGUUCCGUUUCAACCGGCUCGCACCUGGGGUCAAGUCAGCUCCGGGAGCCUUUCAGCAGCUGAUGAACACCAUGAUAGCCGGUCUGAAAGGUGUCGAUUCUUUCCUGGACGAUAUUCUGGUCUACAGCCGAACCGAAGAGGAACAUCGGAGCAUUCUGGAUGGAUUGUUUAUGCGAUUGCAGGACUACGGUUUCCACCUGAGGGAGGAAAAAUGCAAUCUCAUGCAGCGGCAAAUUCGAUACCUUGGGCACAUUGUCAACGCCUCAGGUCUACGUCCCGAUCCAGCCAAAGUCGAAGCUAUUGUCAAGAUGCCAGCACCAACCGAUGUGAGUACCCUUCGUUCUUUUCUUGGUGCAGUGAACUUUUAUGCGAAGUUUGUGCGCGAAAUGCACACGCUACGCCGACCGCUUGAUGCUCUGCUGAAACAAGAUGUCAAAUUUGAGUGGAAUCAAGAUUGCCAGAGGUCUUUCCGACGGUUCAAAGAGGUUCUACAGUCCGACUUGAUGCUCACUCACUACGAUCCUAACCUUGAAAUCAUCGUAGCAGCAGACGCAUCCCAAACUGGAAUCGGAGCUUGCAUCCUUCACAAAUUCCCAAACGGUGCAUUCAAAGCUGUUGCUCAUGCGUCUCGAUCCCUCACUCAAGCCGAGAGACAGUAUGGGCAAAUCGAAAAAGAAGGACUCGCUCUGGUAUUCGCUGUGACCAAAUUUCAUCGAAUGCUUCUUGGUCGCAGGUUCCUGUUGCAAACGGAUCACCAACCCCUUCUCCGAAUAUUUGGUUCCAAGAAGGGCAUACCAGUUCACACGGCGAACAGACUGCAGCGGUGGGCUCUAGCACUGCUAUGCUACGACUUCGAGAUCCAGUACGUGUCCACAUCUCAGUUUGGCUACGCAGAUGUCCUUUCUCGCCUAAUCGACAAACACUCAAAACCAGACGAAGAGUUUGUCAUUGCAUCGGUUCAGCUGGAAGAAGAUGUGGAGAUCCCGCUUCAAGAAGCCAUCAGUUCGGUUCCCAUCACAUUCAAAAUGGUAACCAACGCAACACUCAAGUGCCCCGUUCUUCAGCAAGUCAGUCAAUUCAUCGAAAACGGUUGGCCAUCAAACAUCUCCGAAAUUGUUAACCCAGCAGUGAAGCCAUUUUUCCCCCAUCGUGAUGCUCUCGCAAUCAUCAAGAACUGCAUCAUGAUGUCGAAUCGGUUAGUCAUCCCAGAAUUCUACCAUCAACGGAUUCUGAAACAACUUCAUCGAGGUCAUCCGGGAAUGGAACGGAUGAAAGCCCUAGCCCGAAGUCACGUUUACUGGCCGAAAAUCGACGACGACAUCUCAACGUUUGUGAGGAAAUGUGAAAUGUGUGCUGUUCAUGCCAAAUCCCCACCGAAAACUCCUCCUCAACCGUGGCCAGCAACACAUUCUCCUUGGGAACGCAUCCACAUCGAUUUUGCCGGUCCAUUCAAAGGUCUCAACUUCCUGGUUGUGGUGGAUGCCCAUUCAAGAUGGCCCGAGAUCUGCACAAUCAAAUCAGCAACAUCAUCGGCAGUCAUCGAGUUCCUGGAUGAAUUGUUCGCUCGUUUUGGGAUUCCAUCAACAAUUGUUUCUGACAACGGCACCCAAUUCAUUUCGAAACAAUUCGAAAAUUUCUGCGGGAGGAACGGUAUUCAACAUUUGCGAAUUUCGCCUUAUCAUCCACAAUCAAACGGUCAGGCUGAAAGGUUCGUGGAUUCCCUCAAGAGGUCUUUGCUGAAAAUCAACGACUGGCAAAACAUCAACGAAUCCCUUCAAACGUUCCUGCAAGUAUACCGAUCACCCAGACAACCAUUUGAUCAGGGAUCACGACCACACAAACUAACAACUGGUGCUGCGGUGUAUGCCAAACUAUACCGCAACAAUUCGUCUUGGAAGUGGGUUCCUGGAAAGAUUCUUGAAGUGAUUGGCAAAGUUAACUUCAACAUCCUAUUGAAAGAGCAUCAUGGCAGGCGGAAGCUGAUACGUUCACACGUCGACCAGGUCAAGCUUCGGUAUCCGGGUGAUGUAAGUACUUCGGAGAGGCAGCCUACACCAUUGAACAUAUUGGUCGAUAUGUUUGGACUUCAAGCCCGGCCAAGCCAACCAUCUCCAACAUCAAAUGUUCCAGAACCUGAAGAAGAUGAUCCACAACCACCAGCCGGAGAAUCAACUUUGGUCGAUGUCGAUGUUAGCAUGGAAGACCAAAACGAUUCUUUUGUUUCCCUCGAAGAUGAACCAACACCUAGACGUCCCCGAAGGAACAUCAGACUGCCUGAGAGAUUAAACUCUUACCUGGUGUCCUGGAAAUAA